CCCCUAGGGCGGGAACCUCAGUCGGGGUUGGUCGCUACUGCUGUCUUUUAUAUUGAGUUCGAGGGUCAGAGGGCGCGAAGGUCCAGAUGCUGCUAGGUGUUCAAUGAUCACACUUCUCGGUUCAACAGCAGCAAGGCUUCACCUCAGAUUGUUCCCAAGAUUGAGGACUCCUCUGCUCUCCUUUCUGCUAUUUAGUGUUUUCCAGAGGUACAGCUCCACUAAAACCGGGAAACUGGCUUCUCACGGCUUUGCUUCCAUGGCAGCAAUGUCAUCCUUUCCCCCACAGAGGUAUCAUUACUUCCUAGUGUUGGAUUUUGAGGCCACGUGUGACAAGCCCCAGAUCCACCCUCAGGAGAUAAUUGAAUUCCCCAUCCUGAAGCUGAAUGGCAGGACAAUGGAGAUUGAAUCCACUUUCCACAUGUAUGUGCAGCCAGUGGUGCAUCCUCAGCUCACACCUUUCUGCACCGAGCUGACUGGAAUUAUUCAGGCCAUGGUGGAUGGACAGCCUAGUCUCCAGCAAGUGCUUGAGAGAGUUGAUGAAUGGAUGGCAAAAGAAGGCCUUUUGGAUCCCACGGUCAAGUCUAUUUUUGUUACCUGUGGAGAUUGGGACUUGAAAGUAAUGUUACCUGGACAAUGCCAGUACUUAGGGCUUCCAGUUGCUGAUUACUUCAAACAGUGGAUUAAUCUCAAAAAGGCAUAUAGCUUUGCCAUGGGGAGCUGGCCAAAGAAUGGGCUGUUAGAUAUGAACAAAGGACUGAAUCUACAGCACAUAGGAAGGCCUCACAGUGGGAUAGAUGACUGCAAGAACAUUGCCAACAUCAUGAAGACGCUGGCCCACAGAGGGUUCAUCUUCAAGCAGACCUCCAAGCCCUUUUGAUCUCUGGGGCCGGCCGGACAGGGCUGCAUGCGGCCGGCUCCUGCUACAUGGGUGCGAUGGGCUGGAGCAUUCGAAUGACAGAAAGAAGACAGAGGAACGAGCAACCCCACGACUCCGUCAGUUUUGCUGUUCUGCCAGUAGAGGCUGUAUAUAUGGAACUGGAUUCUCUGUGUAGGCCUGAAGUGACUCCCUCUCUAGGGCCAGCUGCCUGCCCGGCCUGGUCCAGCCUGCAGCCCCCUAGGGCGCUUGCUCCACAUGGUUAGAGACGUAGAUUGUUUUCCCUUUUGUUGGCUUCUGAUUCCCAUUGGCGUCUUUCUCUCUUUCUCUCUCUCUCUUUCUCUGUGCUCACAAUUGCGCCUGUAGCAAGACCGUGGUGCUAUGUUCUGGGCACUUGCCCUCUUUAUUUUGAGUACAUUAUCUCAAGAGCUGCGGUCAAGCCCCUCUUCUCCUGUGUGAAUCUGUUACUGUGUCCCCUGCGUGUCAGCUAAAUAUUGACUGAGCAGCAUCCAGACAGUCCCCUUUCUGCAGCAGCCUUCUGCUCGUUCCCUUUCUGAUUUAAAUAAACACUAAGCCCCA